AGGGCUUAGGCUUCCCUGUGUGAAAUCCUACUCACACAAAAUCAGAAACAGCUAUCUCUCUCUCUCUCUCUCUCUCCUUUUAUAGUGAGCCCAAAUAUAGCAAGAACCCGUCAAAGGAACCAAAACAGAUUGAGAGAAUUAGAGACCCCAGAAGAUGAGAAUCAACAACUAUCAGCAGCCGAAAAUCAAGCUCAUCUGAAAAAGAAAAAUCUGACCCUUCUUCUUGGCAGAUAUUAUUAUAUCUUUCGUUGAGCCUUGAUUUGUUUGCCGUGUUUUUCACUGGUGUCGGCCCUUGCCAGCCAUCACCACCAAAAAUCCCUGGUUCUUGAGCCUCCACAUCUCUCCCUGUCUUGUAAACAAGAUCCUUGAGCAAGGAAUAGGAAACCAGACCAACCAUCAUUUCCAUAUAAGUUUCUCUUCCUUGUUCAGGAUCGUUGAGAAAAGAACCUGAUCAUCAACAAAAGGGGUAAAACCUUGGAAAAAAAACACAAAAGGAAAGGGGUUGGUUUUCCAUUUUCCAAGGUUCAGAUUGUUCUGUUCUUUCAGGCAGGAAUAACAGCAGUUAGUCAAACUUUUCCGUCCUGAUAUUCGAGAAUCAUAAGGUUGAAACGCAAAAAGUUGCUCCUUCAUUGUUUAUCAUUAUUUUCACCGACCUUUUAACACCCAAACCGUUUCGUUUUGUUUCUUUUGUAACAUUCCCAUUGUUGCCAAAAGGAAAACAAAACCGUCACCGAAACUGACCACAGCAAAUCGAAUCAGCAUAAAAACAUUUCCCUCUUGUUCUUUUAUUAAACAAUGUCUCGCCAGAUAAUCCUUAGGACCCCAACCUCCGUCCGUCGACGGCAACCGCUGCUGCAAAGCCGUUCCUCCUCCUCGUCCUGUUCCUCAAGCGUCGAUGACGGUGGUAGCAGCACAAGGAGAACUUCUCAGAAGAGUGCCAAGUUCGGGGAGUUUUGUGGGGAAACAACAGCAGAGUGUGCGGCUAUUUGUUGCUGUUGCCCUUGUGGGAUAGCGAACCUUUUGGUUUUAGCAAUUUACAAGGUUCCUGCAGGGCUAUGUCGCCGUGCUCUCCGCCAGAAACGGCGGCGGAAGUUGCUGAAAAAGGGGUUGCUUCAGCCGAGGACCCACCGGGGUCAUUGUGGGUGCGAUGAUAGCGAGUUGCAGGUUCACCCUGUAGUUUGUCUUGAGGAUUUUUUCCCAGAUGUGGAGGUUUCUGAAGAGGCUGAGAAAGCUGUGGUGGAACUGGAGAAAGAGAUGUGGCAAAGAUUUUAUGGUACUGGGUUUUGGAGAAGUCCUUCUCAGAGAGAAGGAGAGUCACCCAGAAUUAAACAGCUGUAAAAGAAAGUUCUAUCUUUGCUGCCUGUAACUUGUUAUUGUUAAUCUGGUUGUAUAUGUUUCUUAACCAAAAUGCUGUACUCCAUUUUUUGUCAUAAAUGGGGAAUGAUGUGGUGGUGGGAUUUUCUAUUGCUGGUCAUCAAUGAAACUAAAAUGCAAGAAUUUGAUGUAAUGAACAUGGAAAUCUUUUUAAUUAAAUGGUGUUCUAUAUAAUCAAGCUGAUGUAGAAUGGAGAAAAUCUGGAAAUGCAUGUAAAUGAGAUUGGGAUUGUUGCCUAA